AUGACUCCCACACUUCCGGAUGAUAUUCUGCAUCUCCUAUGCGAGGAGCUCGCACACCAGGAAAAUUUCGACACGCUGUUCAGCUGUGCGUGCUCGAGCAAGGGCCUCGCAACUCCCGCUUUGACCAACUUGUAUCGCUCUCAUCAUUUGGCUCCGGUGCGGGGUGGAGGUGAAGAUGAAGCGGUUCCUCUUCCCACUAAGCAGCUGAUGGUUCAGAAAUGGUCAAUCCUGUGGCGGUCCCUCAUCGCAUCUAGCCUCGAUACCACCUUAUUUCCGUAUUGCCGCUAUAUCAAAGUCCUGGAUUUUAGAGAUCUCGAGUAUCUUCUUGAAGAUGAUCAGUUCAAGGGAAAACUUCCCAAGCAUUUCUUUUCUGGCUCUUUAGCGAGAUUCCACAUGACUAUGGGAACGCCACUUCGUUCUUCUAAGAGGAAAUCUGUUCGUCUUAAUGUCGUGGCAAUCAUCGAUGCUAUUGGUGAAGGCACGUUUGUUACACAACAUACCCCAAUGCUUGAAACCGUCGCUGGGAAGCUCCUCUCACACUCCUUAGUUCGGUGGGUUCCUCGAUUGCCUCGCCUACAGACAUUGGAACUCUACAACGGUAGUCCACUGGAAGACGAACAGGUGCACGCCUCCAUAUAUAAACAUUGCCCACUAUUCAAUUCCCUUAGCAUUUAUACUUGGGCUGCUGAGGAACGCGAUCACAAGUUCUCCAAAUUUAUCGGAACUGUUCGCCCACAGUCUUUGAGAAUAAUCGAGACUAUUCGAGAUAUUGGGGCUGGAGCUGAGACAUUUCUCGCUCUGAACACUCACUGCGAGUCACUCAAGGACUUACGACUCUGCGUCUCGACCGACACGCUACCUCACCUUUCACUUUUACGAGGAUGCACCGCGCUAGAAGCUCUGCGUAUCGAGGACCAACAGGGAACGACCAACCUUGAAAAAACCCAAAAUGACGUCUUCCUAGAGAUGAUUGAGUGGUUGAGGAGAUGUGAGAACCUCCGCCGGCUUAGCUUCACUAAGCUCCAAUCUGCUUCUUCCAUCGCUACGCCAAUCCUACUAGAGCACAAGAUUAAGUUGCGCAAACUAGAAAUCGACUCCUAUUUUCCGAAAGACAGCCAGCUGUUUCACCAGGCCCUCAUCAAUCAGCGUUCUUCGCUGAGGUUUCUAUCUCUUGACGGCGACACUGAAGGAAUG